AUGGGUGGCGGACACGGCAUUCGCUCAGUCGUGUACUACGUGAACUGGGCACCUUAUGCACGCAACCAUCACCCUCAAGACCUCCCUGCCGAGAAUCUCACUCACGUCCUCUAUUCCUUUGCCAAUGUCAAACCUGACAGUGGCGAGGUCUAUUUGACAGAUCCUUGGUCUGACACUGACAAACACUACGAUGGCGACAGCUGGAACGACUCGGGGACGAACGUGUACGGGUGCGUGAAGCAGCUGUUCCUCCUGAAGAAGAGAAACCGUAACCUCAAAGUGCUACUGAGUAUUGGCGGCUGGACUUAUUCGUCAAACUUUGCACAACCGGCCAGCACAUCUGCCGGCAGAAGACAUUUCGCAGAGACGGCCGUCAGACUGCUGGAAGACCUUGGAUUCGACGGCAUCGACAUCGACUGGGAGUACCCCAAGAAUGAAAGUGAGGCGGAGGACUACGUCAAGCUGCUUCAGGAGACCCGCCAGGCCCUCGACGCAGCAGCUGCCAAGCGUCACCAUACCGGGUUUUACUUGACUGUCGCCUGCCCUGCUGGUCCCUCCAACUUUGAGAAGCUGAAGAUUGCCGAGAUGGACCGCCUGCUCGACUUUUGGAACCUGAUGGCAUAUGACUAUGCCGGCUCGUGGGACCAGCGAGCGGGACACCAAGCAAAUCUAUUCCCUUCCCAGUCCCACCCUCAGUGUACGCCCUUUAGCACGGUGGCUGCCAUUGAACAUUACACUAGGCACGGAGUACAUCCGUCCAAGCUUGUCCUGGGAAUGCCCCUGUAUGGCCGAACCUUCAUGUCGACCUCUGGACCCGGACAUUCAUACAACGGGGUGGGGGAAGGAAGCUGGGAGCAGGGUGUCUGGGACUACAAAGCACUCCCGAAACCAGAUAGCACCGAGCACCACGAUCGCGAAAUUGGAGCCAGCUGGAGUUACUGCCCUUCUUCGAAUACCAUGAUCAGCUAUGAUACACCUGACUUGGUGGCUCAGAAAGCAAACUUUGUCCGAGACUAUGGCCUAGGAGGUGGCAUGUGGUGGGAAAGUUCAGCCGACAAGGCGGUUGGGCAGGGCAGCCUGAUCGAGACGUUUCUGGUGCAGAGUGGUGGGCCAAGUCGGCUGGAAGAGGUUAAGAACUGCUUGGAAUACCCCGAAAGCAAAUACGACAACCUGCGGAAUAAGCUUGAAUGA